GAACACGAUCCAAAGGCUACCAGUGUUUCCCAAGCUCUCCUCAAAGACUUGUCCAUUCCACAGACCACAGGGACAGCAGAGGCCGCCGGAGGGAGGUAAAACAAUCGCGCGCGCCGGCGGACUCGUUCAUCCCCGUGGCCGCCAGAGGAGAGAAGGGGACAGUUCGAAAAAUCGCUUAUUCCAUGCUGCUUCCGAGAUUUGACCAGCGCAUGUGCUUCUCCCGCGCCAAUUUCAUCGCCGGACCAUCUUACUCGGCUCCAUUCCGUACCCAUACGCCUCUGCGCCUUUUGCCUCGUCGGAGGAUUGCCAGGCGCAUCGGCCUCGCGACGGCAGAGUUCGCCGCCGGUUCCUUCUCGGGCCCUGCUCUGGAGGAAGACGAUGGAGAUCUCGGAUAUCGUCUCCCUCCAAAGGAAAUCCAAGAGAUUGUUGAUGUGCCACCGACUCCCAGUUAUUAUAUCUCCCCUCGCCGAGAUAGGAUCAUGUUUCUAAAACGUAGAGCUAUGCCUCCAUUGUCAGACCUUGCUAAACCUGAUAAAAUACUUGCUGGUAUACGGAUUGAUCCAAGUUCUAACACAAGGAGUCGAAUGUCCUUUUAUACUGGGAUCAGUAUCCAUUUGCUGAUGGAUGAUGGAACUUUGGGUCCAGAGAAAGCGGUUAACGGAUACAAUGAUAAUGCAAAGAUUAAUUUUGUAGGAUGGUCACCAGAUGGUCAGCACGUGGCAUUCACUGUGCGCUAUGAAGAUGAGGUGGACAAUGGCAGCAAUUUAGCAUUGUGGAUUGCUGAUGCAGAAUCUGGAAAAGCUAGACCUCUUUUCAAAUCAGCAGACAUCAUGUUAAAUGCUGUUUUCGAGCUAUAUGUAUGGGUGAACGAAUCGUCUUUGUUGGUUUGCACUAUUCCUUCAUCACGUGGAGAUCCACCUACGAAGCCGUUGGUUCCUUUUGGUCCAAGGAUCCGGUCUAAUGAGCAGAGAAACAUCAUUCAGAUGAGAUCCACAAAAGAAAUGCUGAAAGAUCUGCAUGAAGAAGAAUUGUUUGAUUACUAUGCAACCUCUCAGAUAGUAUUGGUUACCUUAGAUGGGACAGUGAAAAUGAUUGCCCUUCCUGCUAUAUACAUUUCUCUUGAUCCUUCACCAGAUGGGAAAUAUUUGAUCCUUACUUCUGUGCACCGACCUUAUUCUUCUAUAGUUUCAUAUAAAAGGUUCCCCAAAAAGGUUGAGCUGUGGACAGUUGAAGGUAGAUUUGUCCGUGAAGUUUGUGAUUUGCCCCUUGCGGAAGAUAUUCCUGUUGCAGCUAAUAGUGUCCGUAAGGGAAAGCGUUUAAUCAGGUGGAGGCCUGAUAUGCCUUCAACAUUAUUUUGGGUGGAGGCACAAGAUGGAGGAGACGCAAACAUUGAAGUAUCGCCACGUGAUAUAGUUUACAUGGAACAUGCCGAACCUUUGGAUGGUGAAAAGCCUCAAGUCUUGCUUAAACUUGACCUUCGAUGCAGAAAGACCUACUGGUGCUAUGGAUCGUUUGCGCUGGUCUAUGAAUAUUGGUACAAGACACGAAUAACAAGAACAUGGGUUAUAUCACCUGACCUCAAAAAUCAUAGACGUCGGUUAUUAUUUGAAAGGUCUUCAGAAGACGCCUACUCAAAUCCAGGAUCUCCAGUGAUGUGCAGAACUCCGGCAGGUACUACUGUCAUUGCAAGAAUUAAGAGAAACUGUGAAGGAAGCUACAUCUUACUGAAGGGAAGGGGUGCCACACCAAAAGGAAGCACCCCAUUUCUUGAUCUUUUCGAUGUAAAUACUGGAGAAAAGGAGCGGAUAUGGGAAAGUGACAAAGAAAAAUACUAUGAAUCUAUCCUUGCACUUAUAUCAUACCAUCCUAAAUGUGAAGUGCAGCUUGAUCAACUAAAGUUACUUGUGUCUAAAGAGUCAAGAAGAGAAAUCACCCAGUAUUAUAUCAAGAUUUGGCCAAACAAGAAGCAAGUCCAGAUUACAAAUUACCCACAUCCAUAUCCUCAACUGGCACUGUUGCAGAAAGAAAUAAUCAGAUACCAGCGGAAGGAUGGUGUUAAACUUACUGCUACAUUGUAUCUGCCUCCAGGCUAUAGUCCGUCAGAAGAUGGGCCUCUCCCAUGUCUCAUUUGGUCUUAUCCUGGAGAAUUUAAAAGCAAAGAGGCGGCCGGGCAAGUCCGUCGAUCACCAAACAAAUUUGCACGCAUUAGCAACAACUUUCCUCUUCUUUGGUUAGCUAGAGGGUUUGCUAUUCUUGCUGACCCAACAAUCCCUAUCAUUGGUGAAGGAAACCAAGAGGGAAAUGAUAGGUACAUAGAGCAACUAGUUGCUAGUGCGGAAGCAGCAGUAAAUGAAAUUGUAAGAAGAGGGGUUGCUCAUCCUGACAAAAUCGCCGUGGGUGGUCAUUCAUAUGGUGCGUUUAUGACUGCUAACCUCUUAGCACACGCCCCUCAUCUGUUUUGCUGUGGAAUUGCUCGCUCUGGAGCUUACAACAGGACACUGACUCCAUUUGGCUUUCAGAAAGAGAUGAGGACGCUAUGGGAGGCUACCGAUACCUAUAUUAAGAUGAGUCCCUUCAUGUCAGCUAACAAAAUCAAGAAACCAAUUCUACUGAUUCACGGAGAAGAUGACAGCAAAGUAACUACAGCAAUGCAGUCAAGCCAAUUUUAUGAUGCCUUGAAAGGUCAUGGGGUGCCAUGCCGUUUGGUGAUUCUCCCAUUUGAGCGGCACCAGUAUGCUGCGAGGGAGAGCAUUAUGCAUAUAAUCUGGGAGACUGAUAGGUGGCUGCAGAAGUACUGUGCAACUAAUCCUGGGAACAUCAAGGAUAUGGAAACGAAUGUUGACACAUCACAAUCACCUAAUGAUGCUGUACUGGAUCAUGAAGCUUUGACCUUAAACUUCACUAAGAUAUCUAGUUUGAUCAAGUUGAUACGGUUGGCCUUUGCUCAAAUUGUUUUUAGGAAGUCAAAAAACAAUAUGCAAUGAUAUUGAUUGGUUCCUAUGCACAGAACAAAAUAAUCCUUUGGGUAUUGCUUUCGUGAGUGCCGAGAUCAGUGCUUAACCCAACCAGAAGAGUAUUGCUUCACUCGUUGCUCUUGGGUUUUCAUUCUGUUCUUGUAACAAGAAGCUCUAAGCCCCAGUAGUCAUACUUGUAUAGACUGUUAAAUAUCAUUGAUAUACAUCUCUGUAGCAGUGUAGCUGAUAGCUUGGGAGUUCCCUUCUGGUUAGACUAGGGCUAUACAAAGUAAGCCCAUUUGCAUCUCUGCAGCAGUGUCAUGCGAUGCUGAUGUUGACAUAAAGCUACAAGGCCAAUAAUACGUGUUUACUGGUAAAAAUGCUUUUACAUGUAGCUGUCAAAUGUUGUAUCAGAAUGAUUUCCUAUAUUAAGCAGAACCAUGUGAAAACUGCGAAAGGGAAAGAGUUUCGGUAAAUAUUUUAUUUUACCU